AUGACCAAUAUCGAUCGCUUGCUUUUAUGUGUAUCCAAUUGUUUGAUAUUUCUCGCAUGUUUGUAUGAUUUAUUUCUUGUCAAAUAUCAAUCCAAUCUCCAUGUCAUAUCUCGUUCAGUCUUAGUACUAAUUAUCGUUUUAUAUAUUGUUUUCUUUUUCUUAACUCGUGUAUUACCGAAUUUAUUAACGAAUGCGUUUAUCUUUUUAACUUCAUUGUUAUUAUCUUUAUGUCUUUCGUUAUCCAUAUUUACAUUUCAAACCAGUCCUACAUUAUCGUUAACGACGAAGUUUAUUUUCUAUGAUUUACUUUUGAUUUUAUCCACUAUCUGUUCUGUUCUAUCAAAUUUAGUUCGUUUAUUCAAUAAUACAACAUUUUAUUUCCUUCAUUAUAAUGAAUUAGCUGAAUUGCUCGGGUUUUCUUUGGGUUUAUAUCUGACAUCGCAGUCAACGUCAUUGAAUUAUUUACUCUUAUCAUUUUUUCUUCUGAUUAUUACCCUACGGUUGCGUGCGUUUCAUUCAUUUAUUUUAUUAACAUUGAACUUAAUCUAUUUUUCGAAUUAUUACACACCGUAUUCUCACAUUGCUUGUCUAUGUUUUCUUUCUCGGAUGGUCAGUCGGCCGAUAAUCGAAAUCUACUUCAUUGCAUUAACUUCACUCGAACGUUGGAUUUUGUUAUUACAUUUAUCAAGUUCAUACCGACGAACUUUUCAACGAUUAAUGAUUUGUAUUUAUUAUCUAGUACCGUUUCGUUGUAUCUACGUUAUCGGUCAGACUGUGCGUCUCCAUGAUGAAUGGUUUGUCAUCGUUCCGUUGUUUUUUCUGAGUGUCAUCGUCUGGAUUCUAUUCCGUUCGUUGACGUUUAGUUUAUUAUGGAUGUUAUCGAAGAAACUAAUUGAUUGUUAUUUAACAAUGAUGCAAACGAAUGUGGAUCAUGAAAAGCAUAAAAUUUCGUUUAUCAAACUAUUGGCAUCGAGAGGUAUUCGAUACUUUGGCCUAAUAACUUGGCCAAUUCUGGUUUGCUCAACAUUAUUAACGUGUUUUAUUAGUUUGUUACAUUAUGAUACGUGCACAAAAGAUUCGGUUGUUCUAUUUCUUUUAACUAUUCAUUAUGAAUGUUUAAUUUUGGCACUUGUGAAGCAAUUGACAUCGAUUGUUGGCGGAUCAUGUAUUGGUUAUGCACUGGUAGCACCGGCAUUCGAAACAAAGAACUGGGACUUGAACACAUCGAAUCAAUCGCAGAUUACUUUACGAACUCGUGAUAAUGGAUUAUUUUCUGGCAGUCGAAAUGUUCAAAUUCUUUCUCAACAGGAAGCUUUCGAAAGCAGUCAACGUUGUACAAGUACGCUGAAUAAUCUGGAACGUUUUAUGAGUAAUAAUUUAAUUGAUAUAUUCGGCUGUGAUUAUUCUUCCUCGGGUAUUUCCAUGAAUUUCAUUGAUACAAAAUUAAAAACAUUCUUCGCGCGUCGGACACAGGAUGGACGACGUUAUGAUACAUAUUUUCUGUACUUUUCUGGUCCAACAUGUGAUAAUGGUGAUAUAAUUCUAUGUGAUAAUCAAAAAAUUACAUUGAAUCUCCUUUUGCAAUGGUGGUGUGAAAACGAAAGUUCGAGUUCGACAUCUCGUCUGAUUCUUUUGUUCGAUACUUUUAAUUCCUACAAAUGGUUGAAACAGAUCCGUUGUCAAACGUUCAAUCAUUCGUGUAAACCAAGUGUUUUUCUUGUUUUACAAACAUUUAUUCGGCAGAAGAAAAUGCCCAAACUGAUCGAAUUAGGUCAAGUACGUUUAGGUGUUUUUACUGAAAUCUGGUUGAAAUUGAAUAUGAACAAUGAACCGUCGAAAUCUAGUCAUGAUUCGAAUGCAUCAUGGCGUGCUAAUCAUCUCGAACCGAAAUGUUCAUUUUCGUAUUUCUAUCCAGAAUUCAAUUUUCAUCAUCCCACCAAUGCUGACGUCGAUGUUUAUCUAAACGAACAUCCGUUUUUGAAACGUCUGCACUUUGUUUAUCAUGUACUGACUUACAUUCCGUCGUUGUUCAUCUAUCCGUUUUUUUACACAUUCAAUUGUAUGAAGCGUUGGCGAUUUCAUUUAUUAGUACCACGCGUGAUUGAUACAUACCAUGGUUUUAAGUUAUUUGUACGAUAG